GGUCCCCUCGAGAAAUACCUCGUCCAUCAGCACGAAGUCGGUUACUACAAUGUCGCGGUGCUCUCCGCAGAGUAUUCAUUUCCUAGAACGACACCCGGCUUUCGAAGUAGAGACGUGCUUGGCUUGGUCUACUCGGCCUUGGGAAGGACGCUGAAGUAUCAUCCUAUCUUGGGAGUUGCCCUGAAGGACGAGGAUAGUCCGCAGCCAAGCUUCAGCAGGAUCGAACGCAUUGAUUUACGAAGACUUGUAGAAGUAAAGAGAUCAAGGUCAGCUUCAAAUACUGCCGCCUUGAUACAAGCAGAACACCAAAAGAAGUUGGAGCGACGACUCGAUGUUCCUUUAUGGCGAUGUCUGCUGGUUCUCCCGACGGACACCAUUGAUCACAGCCUCACGACUUCCUUCAUCCUGGCACUUGUUUGUCAUCAUAUUGUCGGAGACGGAAUCUCGAUGAUCUCCUUCCACAAGACCUUCUAUCGAUGUUUCAACCAGCUACUGUCUUUAGCAGAGAUAUACCCCUAUGGAGAACGUUUCCUCACGGGAAAUGAGGUAGUUGCCGUACCCAAACUUCCGUUGGUACCCUACUUGGAGGAAAGCAUGACAUUCCCUAUGUCUCGAAUGUACAUCCUGCGUCUCCUGUUCAAGGCACUCGUGUAUUCUCCUGUGGACCCCUUAGAAUGGGUUGGACCGCCCAUUGGAAGCAAGCCGCCGCCCUUCAGUAACACGCGAUACUUCUACCUACCACAGAAGGAUAUACGCAACCUCUUGCGCCAAUGCAGACAAAAUCGAACAAGCAUCACAGCUUUAUUAACGGUUCUGGUGUCAAACGGGCUGUCCAUUUUGUACAAGCCUAGCACGCGUUUCACAGCAUCUGUACCCUUCUCACUGAGGAAGUUUUCAAAGCAUGGUGAGUACGACAUGGGAUGUUUUACGAGCAUUGCGGAGCCGCGCUUUUCUGCAGAUGCCAGCCCACCACCAGGCUACAUUCCAUGUCAGAAUACUGCGAACAGUUUUCGGGCUGGAGACGACGGGUCGCCUUGCACUGGCGACUCGAAGAUAUGGGCAUCUGCGCAUAUGUGCAAACAUUUUCUACAACAACGCAGCGCUUCAACGUCGAACCUCACAAACGGUCUGAUCAAAUUCAGAAAGGACCAUCGCAAAGGACUGCUAGAUCUGAGGGGGACACCCAGGCGGCAUGCCUUUACCUUGACCAACCUUGGGGUCGUAGAUAGUGAGACUUCUCAAAUCGACGGACGAGCUGCUGGGCCACGGGCUAGUGUUGACAAGUUUGUGUUGUCGGCGGGAUCGGCAACUAACGGAGCGCCUUACACCAUUUGUGCAAUAUCUCAAGCCGGGGGUUACAUGGGCAUCACUGUGAACUGGGAGGCUGGUGUUGUGGAAGAUGAGAGUGCAGAGUGGCUUUUGGCCUUUCUCAGCAAGGAGUUGCAACGAUUAUCAGCCCAAGUCAACUAUGCCGAGUCAUCUAAGCUUUGA